AUGUCUACUGUCACAUCCCCUAUGAUGUCCCGGCCCCCGUAUGACUCGGCGCUUCAAUCCAAACUCGACCCUCUCGAUCUCUCCUUCUUCGACAGCAUCGACAAGAUCCGAGCCGUCUCCUCUACACUUUCCGCCGAAACCGUCCUCGCCGGGGUUCCACACAUGGAACGCACAGAAUAUGUGGCCGAUCCUCUAGAUGGCCCAGUCACCCUCUCCGUGUUCACCAGCAUGUCAUCUACAAACCGCUCCCGACCAGCGGUGUACAUUAUCCACGGCGGCGGCCAAGUAGCUGGCAACCGAUCCAGCGCACUAGACAGCGUAAUCCGCUUAUUCGAAGGUAUUGAUAUCGUCGCAAUAUCUGUUGAAUACCGUCUAGCCCCAGAGCACCCGGCCCCAGCGGCUUUGAACGACAGCUACGCCGGGUUAGUUUGGGUAGCGGAUCAUGCAGCCGAGCUUGGGAUCAAUCCGGCGAAAAUCAUGAUUCUGGGCGGCUUCGGCGGCCCCAUCGCAGCAGGAUGCUCCCUGCUUGCGCGGCAGAACUAG